UCUUUCAAAUUUCUUUUCCCUUUCGUUUUCUGCCUCGUUACUGCAGCGGCGACAUCUAGCAGCCCAACACUCAGGAGACCAAGGCAAGCAAGACCCAUAUAAAGACCCCACAUGCAAGCUUAGUCCCACACCUCACCGCGGACUCUCCACAGGACACCGCAGACACCAUGGCGAGGCUGGCAGUUGUGGUGGUGGUGGUGGUAGUGGUGACAGCAAUAGCGGAGUGUAGCGAGGAGGGAGGCACCAGGAGGCUAGGGCAAGAGGACUCCAAGGUAAUCCCGUGGGACACCAAGAGAGUGAACCAAGAUGAAACUAAGAAUCAAGAGGGCACUGGGACGAGAAGCCAGUGGGGGAACAGAAGGUUUUAUCACGACAUCAAGAGCAUAAGCCAAGAGGACACGAGGAGACUAAAUAAAGAGGACACCAAGAGGUUGAACCAAGAUGAAGCUAAGAAUCAAGAGGACACCGAGACGAGAAGCCAGUGGGGGAACAGAAGGUUUCAUCACGACACCAAGAGCAAAAGCCAAGAGGACACGAGGAGGCUGAGUAAAGAGGACACCAAGAGGAUGAACCAAGAGGACAACAAGAGAACAGACCAAUGGGACAAUAGGAAACUCAGUCAAAGGGACACUAAAGCCCUGAACCAAGAGGAACUUCAGGCUUUAUUCCAAGAGGACAUUAAGAGGAUGAAGAGAGACAACACUAGUAAUUCCAAUGGCCUCUUGAUUCAGGCCUCCACACAGCAUCUAUCCAGUUACAGCACGGUUCCUGGCGGUGGUGGUGGUGGAGGUGGAAUAGGUAGUGCAAAUACUGGUGGCUUUGGUGGAGUAAGUGGUGGUGGUAGCAGUUAUACAAGUGGAUUUGGUGGACGAGGAACUGGUGGAGGUUCAGCAGAUACAAAUACUGGUGGUUUUAGCGGCAGAGGUGCAAUAAGUACUGGUGGUGGUACUGGUGGAGGGGGCAGCUACACCAGUGGCUUCGGCGGUGGUGCUACUGGUGGUCGAGGUGUUAAUAGUUACAGUACAGGUGUUGGUGGAGGUGGUGGAGGGGGCAGUGGUGGUGUUGGUAUUAAAUUAGGAGUUAGUGGUAUUACUGGUACCGGGAGUAGAGGUGGUAGUGGUGGUGGUGGUGGAGGUGGUGGUAGUACUUAUAGCAGUGUUGCCAGUGAUGCCUUUGGUAGUGGAACAGGUGGAAGAAAGGGUAUUGGUGGUGGUAGUGGUGGUGGCAGCAGUGGUUACAGUGGAGUUGGUGAUGGCGCCAAGGGAUUGGAUACCAGCGCAAGUGGAGUUUAUACCCAAGGUGGAGUAGGAGGAGGAGGAGGAGGAGGGGGAGGAGGAGGAGGAAGGAAAAAUGUCACACCAUUCAGAACAAGUGGUGGUGGUGGAUUUGGUGUGACAAGGAGGGGGAAUGUAGGCGGAGGAGGAGGAGAAGGAGGAGGAGGAGGAGGAGGAGGAGGAGGAUACUUCGGAGGAGACUUUGGGACCGGCAGUCUGGAGGACACCAUCCCAGGAACCCCCGGCGUGGACUACCCAGCAUUCUCGUCAGCGCCUCCUACGGGAUUUUCUUGUGGGUCCCUCCGUGGCUAUUACGCUGACGACGCCCAGGAGGCAGGCUGUCAGGUGUUUCACGUGUGCCAGGGGGACGGGCGGCAGGACACCUUCCUCUGCCCCAUAGGAACGCUCUUCAAUCAACAGUACUUCGUGUGUGACUGGUGGUUCAACGUGAACUGCGCCGCCGCCUCCUCCUUCUACUCCCUCAACGAUGACCUAUUUACCACUUUCUUCACCUCCCCUGGCGUGUCUGGCGAGGUGCCCUACGUCAAGGGUCCCCAGCGCCCCUCCACAGCCUACGGUGUCCCCGGGAAGUGAGCAGGGGCGUGGAAAUAAGUGUAAAUGUGUUAACUUUGCUUAUCGCCUCCUACGCCGCUCACUGAAUGUAAACAAACCGCAUCUCGUCGACUUGUUUGGUUUUCCUUCGCAUGUCUUUGUUCCGCGUCUCUCGUUUUUGCUUCUCUUUUCCUUUUAUCUUCCCUAGCACUUGUUACGCACCACUAAAUGAAAAGGGUAAAUUAGAUUAUCAUGUAUACCUCAUUUCAUUCAUAACUUCGGAAAAUAUUGUGAGAUGUAUUGUCACGUAAACAUGAAAGCCCUUUAAAGUGUUUGUCCUUAUAACGAUGAUAUUUUUCUUUGCUAUUUAAACGGGUAACUGUUUCCUUCGCGGCAGCACGUGUAUUAUUGUAUUUCGUAGUUGUUAAGCAAAGUCUGCUGGACAGUCUUGCCACUCUUAGCUUUCAGUGUUCUAAUAUGAAGCAUAGUGUAAUGUUAAGCACGUAUUAUUAAACACACUAACAAAACGAA